GUAUUGAGGAUCUAUCGCAUAUGCCAUUUUUGUCAUUGUAUUUGCAAUUAGGUGCAAAAUCAGAGUCAUCCGACGUUCCAAAGUUAGAGUCUACUAAAACACGUAAUAUGGCUUCGUGCAAACGUAAAAUUGCGGAGGUAUUAGAAGAUUAUAAAACGGAUGCUAAAGAAACAAGAAAGGAAUUCAUCAAGAAGAUUAGAGUUGAAAAUAAGGAAGAUUCGAGUGCUUCAAGUGCCGAAAUCAAAGAAUUCCGAGAGCAUUUUCAGAUUUCACUUGGAUUAUUUGGAUUAUCUCCGAACAUUUAUAAUUGCCUAGGGCAGUUUACACCUGUUUCCGCAACUUCAUCAACGGUCAUGGUUAACGAUCUCACAAAUAGCCUUAAGCAUUUAUUGUCUGCUUGGGUUGAUCCCGCGAUGGGAGGAAAUCAAGAAAAAAUGGAGAUAAUUAAACGCAUGGAUCCGAUGGUAUACAAAAUGGAGGAGUAA